UCGACAUAUAAGAAGUAGUUGGAGGCAGACUGUCACACAUACUGGAUCUGAGCGCUUGUGAACUGCUCAGACAUGGAUGUAACUCGGUUUUUGACGCUGCUGUUGAUUUCCUUCUGCUUUUCUGCCACAGAUGCCUCAGGUAAAGGACGAGGUUUUAUCGGGAUUAAGGACCCUACAAACUCAAAUCAAGUUGUUGUGGACCGGGGCAACUUCUGACACAUUGAAGAGCAACCUGACCACGGUCUUCCUCCCGAUUGUCUACAUCAUCGUGUUUGCAGUGGGACUUCCUGCCAAUGGCAUGGCCAUCUGGGUGUUCCUCUUCCGGACCAAGAAGAAGCACCCGUCCUCCAUCUACAUGGCUAACCUGGCUCUGGCGGACCUGCUCUUCGUCAUCUGGAUCCCCUUAAAGAUAGCGUACCACUUCAACGGCAACGACUGGAUCUACGGAGAGCCGCUGUGCAAAGUACUAGUGAGCUUCUUCUACGGGAACAUGUACUGCUCGGUGCUCUUCAUCGCCUGCCUCAGCGUGCAGAGGUACUGGGUGGUGGCUCACCCUCUGUCCCAGCAGAGGAAGAACAACAAAGUGGCUGUUGGCGUCUGCGUUGCCAUUUGGGCUUUCAUCUGGCUCACCAGCACGCCUUUGUACCUAUACAACCACACCGCCAGACUAAAAGACCCCAACAUCACCACCUGCCAUGACGUUAACAUCAUACGUGAUCCCCUGAAUCCUUUCCCCGACGUGCAGCUGCCUUACUACUACUUCAUCUUCAUGGGUUUGGUUGUGUUCCUUGUUCCCUGUAUCAUAAUCGUUGUGGCCUACAUUCUUCUGCUCAGAGCUCUCGGGAACAGCAUGGAUGAUAGCACUGCGGCAAAGAACCGCCAGAGAGCCAUUGUGCUGAUCGUGACUGUCCUGGUGACAUUCCUGGUGUGUUUCAUCCCCAGUAACAUCAUGCUGGUGGUGCACUACUCUUUGCUAAAAGAUGGAGUGAUAAACAAUGGGUACGGUUUCUACAUCUCCACGUUAUGCCUGGCCAGCCUCAACAGCUGCCUAGACCCGUUUAUCUACUACUUUGUGUCGGAGGACUUCAGGAACCACGUGAAGAACACUCUGCUGUGCAGGAGCAGCCGGACUGUGGAGAGGAUGAGAGUGUCAUUCAGCUCCAUGAAAUACUCCAGGAAGAGCAAGUCAUAUGUGUCAGAUAGCGGAAACACGCAGAGCAGCAGCUGUUAGAGAUAAGGUGGAUAAAUGCGAGCAAAGAAAGACUUUGAUGGGAUAUCGUGCAUCGUGCCCGUGCUUGCACACUGGUGUGAUGAGAAAAAACAGGGUACUGCACAGACCUUGUGGCACUGACACAGUGGAUAGGUCUGUAAUUAUGGACAUAAGGCCCAUCAGUCAUAACCAGGUAGCCUCAGCAACCCAAUCAUCAAGAAAAAUUGAAAAAUUCUGGCAUUCUAUGUUUCCACAAACCACAGAUAUGUUACAUUUGCACGUUAUUAUUAUGUAGUGGUUUUGGUGAAACUUUUCAAUAACCACUUGGUUGUGGUUAGGAAGAGGAUACUUUUUGGUUUGAAAUUCACAGUUUUGGGUGCAAAAUCCCAGCAUGUAAAACAGCGAUAUCCUAGUUAAUAAUAACUUUCUUUUAGUGACACUGUCCCCGCUGGACAAAACAGCAGUUGGUCACUUAAAAACACCCAUGUUUAGGGGUUAAAAGCUGCUGGAAACUCACAGACAAGCUCCUAAAAAUAUAGCGCCACAUUUGAUCUGCAGAAAACAUAUCGAAAAAAUACCCAUGUUUUGGUGGUAAGCUGCUGGAAACACAGCAUCUGGUCCCUAAAACACACCCACGUUUGGGGGCUAACAUACUGCUGAAACACAGCGAGGGGUCCUUAAAAUCGUAGUUUGCGGAAACAUGCAAUAGUAACUUUUCUUUUGCUGAUUAGGCUAAUUUCAGAUAAUCAAAGAUGUGAAGGUGACGAUAGUUGGAGGACAUUUUAAGAUGUAUAUGACUUCAUUAUGAACUGCUGUUUUGUGUGAAGCAUGAAUCCAUAUUUUUAAGUAUAUAUAUGAUGGAAGGCCUAUUAAAGACUGACAUUUGGUCCUCUUGGCUGGACAAAAUGUGGAUUUUCAUAAGACUUUUGACUGACCUGUUCACUGCACUGAACAUGAGGAAUAAAAAAAGCCAAAUUAUAAUGUGUGCAGAGUAACAGCACAAAAGAGAAUCAUAACGUUAACUCAAACAACAACAGGACUUCCUUAAUAUUUAUUCCUGUUUAUUUUUAUGGUCUGUUUCUGCAGCCAACAUGUUUAUCCUGCCAUUUUUAACUUCAUGUGUUUAAGUGUUUGUUUUCAUGUGUGUAAUGAGGAAAUAUGUGCCAUUGUUACAUAGUUUCUUAAAUAAAUGAAAAAGCUAUAGAUCCA